AGAGGUUUUAGCCUCAGGGGUUCGAAGGGAAGUGAGACCGUGUUUCGGAGAAUCCAAAAAUGGCAGCUUCGGUAGCUACUGGAAGAUCCAAUCUAGUGCGCGCGAUUUGCCGAGCUUCAAAGUUUUCUUCCUCGGGGACAAGAAGUUUCUCAGUGCCACUACGUCCAUCCAAUUCCGUCCCUCGUCGGACUCCAAUUCCCCCUCAUCCUCUUUCUCCAAGGUUGCUCCGAAGACAACUAAGCUCUCUUCAACCCGUCCACUCCGCAGUAGCUUCCGCUUGCCUUGUCUCCAAGCUCCCCAGUGAAGCCAGCACCUCCACCGAAGGUCAAUUUGUGAACUACCUCAGUCCAAUUUAGAACUGAGUGAAUGGCAAGAUCAAGAAUUUUUUCUAACUUUUGUCGUUGACUGAUUAGAGCACUGGCAGCGGAUUUGGUAAAAUGAAGAAAAGUCUAAAAUUUGAAUGGAUUGAGAGUUAAGACGCUGGCAUUGGAUUCGGUAAAACUCAAAAACUCAAGCUUUGAGCUACAAGAAAUUUAGUUUCAUCUUCAUAUUUUAAGACUCACUAUUCACUAUUCAUAACUCAAGCUUUGAAUUUAUGGAAAACAUGUACUUUUCAUCAAAUUUUAAAAAUGAUUUUGAUGAAGCCAAUGCUAAUGCUCUUAGUUCUUCUCAUUAAGUUGGAGUUCGAAUUUUCCUACCUUAAUUGCUUGACAUGCCUUUUAACUUUCUUUUACUAAAUAGCAACCCGUUGAUGAUCUAUUUUUUAGACUCUCCUACUUUUGAUAAACUUGAUUUAACUUUGAUGAGUGAAUCUAUGUUUUCCUGUUGCUUUCGAUUAUUACCACAUGAAUCAUUUGGGAAAGCAAUGAAUCAAAAUUUGGAAUUUGUUCUUGAUGGAAGAUGCUAAUAUGCUGUUUCAAGCUAUACAUAAUGACAAGAAUUUUGCAAGUAAAUGAAAAAAAAAAAAAAGAAACAGGAAAAUAUUUUUAAAUUUCCUAUUCAAGGAAAGAAAAACUUGAGCAUUAGAACUUUUGAAUGGCUAUGGUUUAUUUGAGAGAAUCACGUAAGGGAUAUUUGGAUGUGUUUUGCGCUUUUGAACCUAAAAUGUCCGCCAGACAGUUUGAGCACCCACUGAUCAAUAGUGAAUUUGUUGUGUUGUUUCUUUUAUUUUUGUUUUGUACCUGAUUCAUUGCUUGCUUUUAUUACAUGGCUGGCUUUGCUAGUUAUUGGGGGAAAUGAAUUCACAACUUUUCUUUCGCUUUUAGUAAGUAAAUUCACAGCUAUGAAUUUUUUCGUGAUCUAGAUCGUUUGGG